AUGUCCCCUUCCAAUAACAAGAAGGCGUCCAGGUUCGCUUCCUUCUUGGCCGUCGCCGGAGUUGCCGGUUUGGCUAUCUUGAGUGCCCCCUUCGCUCCUGCUGCCGAUGCCGCCAUCUCCUUCGGUGCCGCGUCUGACUCGCCCGGAUCCAUUAUCCUCGGUGGCCUUUCCACGAUGGUGCCCAAGCCCGUCAGCCCUCUGGACAAGUACCUUAUCCCCGGUCUCUUGAACUUGACCGGUGUCAGCCUUGCUAUUACCAAGCCUACCCAGAUCGUCGUUGGUGUCAACGGUUCUCUCAAUAACCCCUUGGGUAACUUUCCCAUGAACCUCAGCAACGUUGGUUUGAGCGUCUUCCUUGAUGACAUGUCUUUGGCCAAUAUUACCACCUCUCCUCUGACCCUCCCCGGUGGUAUUGGCCCGUUGAACGUCAGCGUUGCCAUCGAUGUCCCGUUGGGUUCUGCUAACCCAGCCCUCCAGGCUUCCAUCAACAACUUGGUCACUGGCUUCUUUGGCGGCGCCACCCCCAGUGGCGUUCCCCCCAAGCUGGUUGUCAGUGGUCUUACGAUCGGUGGUAACCCCCUCGGUAUGGCUCCCAUGACCAUCCCCACCCAGUUCAAGCCCUCUGGUCCCAUCAAGCCCACCAACGUCACUGCUCCUUCCGACAAGCCCCCAGUCAUUGGCUUUGCUGGAAUGAUGAAUCCCCUAAUCAACUUCACCAUGCCUACCUUGGAAAAGGUCACCGUCAAGGCUGUCACUGGCGCCCAGUUGACUGCCGGAGUUGCCUUCUCGUGGAACAACCCCUUGAACGUUGCUUUGGAUGUCCCCAGUGUCUCACUUGAUCUUGGAUUGAACGGAACCCGCGUCUUCACCGUCAACGUCGAGGCCGUUCACUUGGCCCCCGGCCCCAUGAACGCCGAGACCUUUGUUCACCUCCAGUUCAACAACGACCCUCUUGCUGCUGCCCAGUUGGGUGCCCUGGUCAACGACUUCCUUUCCGGAACGAUCAACCAGGUUGUUAACAUCGGAAAUUUCACCUUCGGAGGCCCCGACAACACCACUACCCCUACCACCAUCAUCAUGAACAACCUCUUCGGUGGCCUCGCCCUGAACUUGCCCUUGAUGAACGUUAGCACUGUUGCUAUCCAGCAGAUGGUUACCGGUCUUAUCCAACCUUACCUCCCCAUUGACAUCAGCAACCUCGGUUCCGGUACCGGUCCCUCGAUCAUGACCUACAUCCAGAGCUUAGCCGUCUCGACCGCCCCUGGCCACACCCUCUUGAUCCAGCCCCAGAUUAACUUGCCUCUGCCCUUUGCCUUGGACUUGAGCAUCCCCUACCUCGCCCUCGAUGUCAACCUCGAUGGCAAUGUUCUCGGCCAGCUCUUCAUUGCCGAUCUCGUUGGUUCCGGAUCCGGAAAUGUCGCCGUCUCUGUCGGUAUUGGAAUGAUUUUCCGUGUGCCAGAUCCUGCCAUUCCUCCCACUGUAGCCAAGAUUGUCAGCGGAUUGACGACUGGUUCUAGCUUGGAUGUCACUGCUGGUAUCUCCAACUUGGCUAUCGGUGUUUCUCCCUCGGAUGCCAUCAACACUCUCAACUACUUGAACCUCGCUGUCCCUAUCUCGAGCGUCAUUACCGGCCGCGUCGAUGUUGACUCCAUCAUCCAGAAGGUUAUUGCCAUGACUAGCGUCACCAUUGCUCCCAACGCUGUCAGCCUCAAGAUCGGAUCUCUUGCUGAGAUGACCAUCCACGAGGCCGCCAUCGCUGUCUUGCCCAACAACCUCAUCACCGCCUCCAUCAACUUGGAUAUGUUCAUGGGUCUCCCCGUUGUUGCCAACAUUGGCUACUUCGGUCUUCAGCUCAGCUUGGAUGGCUCCAACCUUGCCGGUAUUGCCCUCAACUCUGGCUUGAGCUACGCCGGUGGCAAAGUUCAGAUGCAGGCCAACACUGCCAUCAGCGUCGGAACCGGUCCUACCAUUGCUGGCAAGGUUGCUGACCUCGUCAACGCCGUCAUUGCCCACCAGGCUGUCCACAGCUCUAUCGGUGUUGCCGGUAUUGUCAUCGGUAACAGCCCCGACGAUAUCAUCGAUGCCCUCUCUCAAGUCUCCGUCUCUCUUCCCUUGGGCGGCCUCAUCGGUGCUGGUGCCACUUUGCCUCCUGGUCUCUUGGACGGUAUCUUGGCCAAGCUGGGCUUGUCGCUCACCGACUUGUCCCUUGCCACCAUCCCCAACGCUGGUCUCCAGGUUGGCGCCAAGGCUGGUUUCUCGAACCCCAUCCCCAUCUCGAUCUCCAUUCCCUUCAUUGGAAUCAGCGGUGGUCUUGACAGGACUGACAUUGUUGAUGUUGGUGUCAACGACAUUAAUAUGACCCCCGGUGCUAACGCCCUCCAGGCCAAGGUCAACCUCAACUUCAACAACGCUGACAGCGCCCAGGCCAAGGUGGCCACCUUUGUCGGCGAGGUCCUCGGAGGCCAGCUUGGCAACACCCCCGAAGCCAUCACUGUCCACAACUUGCGCUUCGGUGCCUCGCCCUCGGACUACUUUGACAUCUUGUCACAAAUUGAUAUUUCGAUCCCCUCCAAGGAUAUCCUCAACAAGGCUAACCUGGAUGCCAUCACCGCCAAGCUCGGAAUCAACCUCAGCCAGCUCACCGGCAACCUCAUGAACAACUUGAAGAUUGGAGCCAUCUCUGCCAACUUGAACAAGGCUCCCGUCAUCGACCUCGGCACCUCGAUCUCGAUCAGCAACUUCUCCUUGAACGCCGCUGUCGACAUUGGCUACUUUGGUAUUGACCUUGCCCUUGACACCCACUACUUGGCGCACAUCGAUGUCCCCUCGAUCACCAUCUCGACCGCCAACAACCAGUUGACCCUCGGUGUCAAGGCCGCCAUCACCGUCCAGGACACCCCUGCCAUCCAGACCGAUAUUGCCAACAUAUUCAACUACUUCAUGGCCAACUCCACCACCGCUCCCGUCAAUGCUCUCGUCAUCUCCAAGCCCCUCUUGGGAGUCUCGACCUCGGACAACAUCAAAACCUUCUCUUUGAUCCAGUUCCCCAUUGCCCUUCCCGAGUUGUUGGCCACGGCCCGCGUCACCAUUUCCCAGUUGCUUGCUGGCGCUGGUGGCCUGAACAUGAACAACAUUGCCAUCUCUGGUCUCGUCCUUGACUUGAACAACCCCUCGAUCAUGAGCGUCCAGGGAGGUCUCCAGGUCAAGAACUUCACGCUUCCCGCCGAUAUCAGCAUCAGCUACGUUGGUGUCUCCCUCGGUUUGGAUGCCGUUCCCUUGGCCGAUCUCACCGUCCCCUCGUUGGUUCUCUCCUCUUCCAACGGUGCUCUCUCGGUUAACUUCCAGGCCAACCUCAACCUCCAGCAGGGUCAGGAGGCCAGCACUCAGGUUGCCAAGUUGGUUGGUGCUCUCCUUCACCCCGGCCAGGUUGCUCCCCCUACCAAUCUUGUUAUCUACAACCCCGUCUUUGGUGGCGAUCCCCAGCACCUCUUCCAUAUCUUGUCCCAGGUCAAGGUUCCCAUCGCCCUUGCUCCUUACUUGCAGAAGAUCGGCGCUAUCCUCAACGGCGGUUUGGCUGGAGGCAGCAACCUCCUCGCUGGUCUUGAUAUUGGAGCCUUGAAGGUCAACCUCAACACUCCCCAGACCAUUGGAAUCGAUGCCGCCAUUUCCCUGAAGAACAUCACCAUCCCCGCCGAGAUCAAGCUCAACUACGUCGGAGUCAACCUGGCCAUCAACACCAUUGGCUUGGCCCAGGUCUCCGUUCCCCAGUUUACCCUCAAGCCCGUCGAUGGUGCCCUUACCAUCUCCGCCCAUAUCGAGGUUGCCAUGUUGACCAGCAGCGAGUUGACUGGAGCCAUCACCAACCUGAUUGGCGCCGUCAUGAACAACGUUACCACCCCCGCCACCAACCUCGUCGUCUCUGGCGCCGUCUUUGGAGGCUCGCCCACCAACGUCUUCACUAUCUUGCAGGGCAUUGCCAUCCCUAUCGACAUUGCCCCCAUCAUCAACAAGUUCCCUGCUUUGAUCGCCAGCCAGGGCUCGCUCUUGAACCGCAUUGCCGUCUCGGAUUUGAUCCUCGACUUGAAUUCGCCCCAGAUCAUUGCCCUCGAUGCCGGCAUCCUCAUUAAGAACGUCUCACUCCCUGCCCAGAUCGAGCUCAACUACGUCGGUGCCGACAUUGCCAUCAACGCCGUCCCUCUCGCCAAGGUCUCCGUCCCCCAGUUCACCUUUGCCCCUCAGGGAGCUGACUUGGCUUUGAAGGUCCAUGUCAACGUUGACCUCAUCAACAGCCCUGGUCUUACUCAGACCAUCGGUGGCUUGGUAGGUGCCAUCCUCGGCAACCAAACUUUGCCCGCCACCAAGCUUGUUCUCUCCGGUGCUGUCUUUGGUGCCUCGCCCACCAACGUUUUCACCUUCUUGCAGGGCGUUGUCAUUCCCGUCGAUGUCACCUCGAUCAUCAACAAGCUCCCUGCCAUGAUCGGUGGCCAAGGAUCCCUCUUGGACCGCGUUGCCAUCUCGAACUUGGCUUUGGACCUGAACUCGCCCCAGGUUGUUGCUAUCGAUGCCGGUAUCCUCGUCAAGAACGUCUCACUCCCUGCCCAGAUCAAGCUCAACUAUGUCGGCGCUAACCUUGGUAUCAACACCAUCCCAUUCGCCAAGGUUGCUAUCCCCCAGUUCUCCUUGGCUCCCUCUGGCACUGACUUGGCCUUGAAGGCCAAGAUCAACGUCGACCUCAUCAGCAGUCCCGAGUUGUCCCAGGCCAUCUCUGGCUUGAUUGGCGGUAUCCUCAACAACCAGACCUUGCCCGCUACCAAGCUCGUCCUCUCUGGUGCUGUCUUUGGUGGCUCCGCUACCAACGUCUUCACCAUCUUGCAGGGUCUUGCCAUCCCCAUCGACAUCUCACCUUACAUCGCCAAGAUUGGUGGUAUGCUCGGCGGUGCUGGCUCCUUGUUGAACGGUAUCGGUCUUUCGGGUCUUGCCAUCGACUUGAACCAGGCCCCCAACAUUGGUGUCGAUGCCAGCAUUGCCAUCCAGAACUUGGCCCUCCCUGCCCAGUUGAGCGUUGGAUACGUCGGUUUGAGUGUUGCUGUCAACAGCGUCCCCUUGGUUAAGGUUGGUAUCCCCAAGAUCGUUCUCGGCACCAGCGGCACUGCUUUGACCAUCGGUACCCACGUCGAUGUCACUCUCCAGGAGUCCGAUAACGCCCAGGCCCUUGUUGCUGGUCUUGUCAAUGCUGUCAUCGCCGGCCAGGCCCCCCAGGGCACCGUCACCAUCUCCAACAUUGGCUUCGGUCCCAGCGAGAGCAACGUCUACACCAUCCUCCAGGGAGUCCAGAUCCCCAUUCCAAUCUCCAAGAUCCUCUCGCUCGUCCCUGCUGGCGGUGCCGGAAACGCCACCUCGAUCUUGGAUAAGCUUUCGCUCGAGAGCGCCGACAUCAACAUGAAGAACCCUCCUAGCAUCGGUGCCGAUGUCGCCAUUGCUCUCCUUGGCUACCAGUUCGAUGCCAAGUUGUUGCUCAACUACGUCAGCGUAAGCGCCUUCAUGGAUACCACCCCCUUGGCUACCGUCUCUAUCCCCGGUAUUGCUCUCUCCUCUGGCAACAAUCAGGUCGCUCUCAAGGCUAAUGCUCUUGUCGACCUUGCAAGCGGCUCUGACAUCCAGACCAAGGUUGCUGCCAUUGCUGAUGAGAUUAUGGGCAAGGGUACGUCUCAGAACGUCAACCUGGUAGUCUCCAACAUUGCUUUCGGAGGCAGCGCCAGCAACACUUUCCACAUCCUCGACAAGGUCAAGGUCUCUGUUCCUCUCGCUCCUUACAUCAAGCAGUUGACUGGCAUUGUUGGCGGUGGUAACUCCACCCUUCCCGGUGGAGCUGCUCCUUCCUUCAGCAUCACCCAGUUGGAUAUCAGCGCCCCUGGCUCCAGAGAUCUCUCGAUCGCUGUCGGUGCCUCGAUAGGCGGCAUUGGUUCCAAGAUCUCAGUCGAUAUGCCUUACAUCGGCGCCAAGGUCUCUGUUGCCGGCAAUGGACUUGUUAACCCUGUGAUCAACAACUUGUCGCUCAAGAACGGUAAUGUCGGUUUGACCUUGGCUCUUCCAUUCCAGCCUGCUGCCGGAGCCAUCAUUGGCUCGAUGGGCCCCCCCGUCUCUCAGUUGAUGUUCGCCCAGGUCGGCAAGAUCCCCGGAGAGGUCGUCAUCAACAGCAUUGCCUUUGGUGCCUCUGCCAGCCAGGCUUAUGAUAUUGCUGGCAAGGUCAGCCUCGGAAUCGAGCUGGACGCCGUCUUCCAGAAGGCCCAGGCCUACAUUAACGCCCACAACCCUCUCCACGUCAACGACAUGAACACUGUCUUGACCACGGCCGGCAUCCAGGCCACGAUUGUUGUCCCCGGUAUCCCCUUGGGCGGUAUCCCCCUCAAGAUGAACUUCCCCAUCUCGCUCCAGGGCAUGUACAAGAGCAACCCCUUCCUUGCCAUCCAAGCUACCUCGAUGAACCUCAACGGCUCUCCUUGGGCCUUGGGCGCCGGCAUCCAGGUCAUCCAGCCUGCCUUCAGCACCGCCAUGCAGGGCAUCCUCCCCAACGCCCUCACCUGGAAGAACGCUCUCCAGGAUGUCACCCUGGGCGGCAUCGCCCUCGGUGAGUUCACCGUCCUGAACCAGUUGACUAUCACCCCUCCCGAAGUCACUCUCUGGUCACCCAUCAGCUUGCCCCUGGAUGCCCUUAAGUUGCACUUGACCCCUUUCGGCGUGGACUUUGCUGCUGCCUUUGUCAACAAGGGACCCCUCCAGGUCGACAUGGGCUCGCUCGAUAUCACGGUCAUGGCCAAGGACGUCCAGGUCAUCGAGGUCACCAACAUUGGCGGCCCCAUCCACCUCAACAACGGCCUCCAAUCAGGCGGCAACAACCGCAUUAAUCUCAACGCCUCGUUCAAGUUCAGCUUCUUGGAGUUCUUCACCAUCCUCGCAUCUUUGUUCAACCCCUCGAACUUCAACUUCAAGUUCAGGAUGUUGACUUCCUCGGGUCAGCCCAUGCCCUGGUUGGAGGAUGCCCUCAACGGAGUCCCUGCCGUCAUCUUCCAGAACAUCCUGCCCAUCCUCGCCAACGCCCUCAAGAACGUCAACUUUACUCUGUAA